AUGGUCAGUAGGGUGCUCGACUUUCAGUGCGCCGUCAUCACCGGCGGUGCCGGCGGUCUCGGCUUUGCAAUGGCCGAAUACUUUCUCUCACUCAACAAGAAGGUCAUCCUCGUAGGCCGCACAGAGUCCAAGCUCGUCGAGGCGUCCAAGAAGCUUUCGGACGCUCCCUACUAUGUGCUCGACACGGGCAACGUCGAGGAUAUUCCCGCCUUCGCCAAAAAGGUGCUGGCCGAGCACUCCGAGGUGGACUGCCUCAUCAACAAUGCCGGCGUGCAGCGCCCGCUCGAUGUGCAGAACCUCGAGCUCGACAAGGUGGACAACGAGAUCAACAUCAACAUCCGCGGGCCGGUUCAUCUCGCCACGGCGUUCCUCGACCAUCUCAAGUCGAAGCCGCUCGGCGUGAUCGCCAACGUCAGCUCCGUGCUUGGAUUCGUGCCGUACUCGAUCAUCAACCCCAUCUAUAACGGCACCAAAUCGUUCGUGCACUUCUGGUCCGAGACGCAGCGCGUGCAGCUCAAGAACACCAGCGUCAGGAUCGUCGAGAUCGUGCCGCCGAGCGUAGGCACCGAUCUGCACAGGGAGCGCGAGAACCCCGACGACAACAAGAAGCACCUCGGCGCAACCAGCUCGCUCACGGUCGAGGAGUUCAUGGAGGACCUUGUGCGCGGGCUUGAGGCCGAUCAGGACGUCAUCAGCGCUGGAUCCGGCAUCCCGCUCGUCCAGAAGUGGGACGACGCCUUCCGCGAGCAGUUCAACACCGCCGCGGCCAAGUACCAGCGAAAGUGA